AUGAUAUAUUCCGGACUCCCAAAAGUUAAUAAAACAAGAUCAGCACAUGGCGUAGCAAUUUGUUUAGAUAAAACCGCAACGAAUAUUUGGAAGCUAUCGGGUUCAGAAUGGGAGGCAGUUAAUGAAAGAAUUAUUAAGAUUCGAAUGUAUUGUGCACCAAUAAAUGUUACAUAUAUUGCUGUUUAUGCUUCAGUUAAUCCACAUAACAAAUCAAUGAUUGAUAAAUGUGAUAGGUUUUACAUACAAUUACAAGAGACCAUUGAUAAGGUGCCAAAGGGUGAUAUGAUCAUUUUAAUGGAUGACUGCAAUGCUCGUGUUGGUAAACAAGAACAUUUAACUGUACCUCAGGUCGUUGGUCCACAUGCAGUUGAUGUUAAAAAUGAAAAUGGAAAUAGACUUAUUGAUUUUUGUUUAACGAAUAAGAAUAGUGCUAUUCAAGAUAAAAAUGAUAAGUUACUUAUUAAUUUUAGGAAUAAAUUGGAUCGUUGGAAAGAAUAUUUCUGUGAAUUACUAAAUGUUAAUUCUGUCGUUGACCCAUAUCUUAUUCAUCAAAUCUCAAUACCAUCAACAUCAACAGAAGAAAGAGAUAGACAGAGCAAACCACCUACUUUAGAAGAAAUUGAGGAAACAUUAAAACAAAUGAGAAAUCGAAAAGCUUCUGGCAAUGAUGACAUCAGUGCUGACAUAUUAAAAGCAGGUGGACUACCAGUUCUUAAAUGGCUCCAUGAAAUAUUCGUUGAUAUUUGGUAA